ACACUGCAACUCCAGUAAUCCCCAAAAUCCUCCUCUCCAUUUUUUCUCUCUCUGAGCUUCUGAUAAUUUGAGUUGGAAGUAUCGUUCCACGAUUCGAUCUGAACCCAUCAAUCGCCCAUGCUGAUGAAGGAUUGCUACCUUGUAUCUUUUCUGAGAGAGAUGUCUGGAAACACAUCAAGGGACAUGUGAGGCAACUGCUUUUGCAUAUGCAAUUCUUGGUUUAAGGGCCAUCAAUCACCAUUAUUUAUCAAAUUGAGCAGAUAUUAGUGGUCAGGAAGUUAGUUCUGAUCAUGGAAAAGGGAAAUGGAUGUUGCUUCUCCAUAAUGACGAUGCCUAAUCUUAUUUUCAUCCUCAUCACAAUUUUCAUCAUCUUUAUUGUUCGUAUUUUGCUCGUCAUACAUCAAAGCAAGAAACCUCUUCAUUACUCACCUCCCAAAUCUGUCAGCACCCUAAUCGUUCUAGGUUCAGGUGGUCACACGGCUGAGAUGAUUAAUCUCAUCCGUGUGCUUCAAAGGGACAGGUUUACACCGCGAGUCUAUGUAGCAGCUUCAACUGAUAAUAUGAGUCUUCAGAAAGCUCAAGUACUGGAAGCCUCUCUGGUUGAUCAGGCAGGUCUUGACAAGCUAAAGGAAACAGCUCAGUUCAUGCAAAUUUACCGAAGCCGAGAAGUAGGUCAAUCAUAUUUAACAUCAAUCGGGACAACACUAAUUGCUCUGGGCCAUGCUCUAUUGCUGAUGAUAAAAAUUAGGCCUCAAGUGAUCCUCUGCAACGGACCCGGGACUUGUUUUCCUCUCUGCGUAAUUGCGUUCCUAUUUAAGGUUAUUGGGAUUAGAUGGUCAUCCAUAUUUUAUGUUGAGAGUAUGGCAAGGGUUAAGAGGUUAUCAUUAAGCGGUCUUCUUCUUUACAAGCUGCAUAUUGCUGAUCUCAUUUUUGUGCAAUGGCCACACCUACAAAAGAAAUAUCCCCGUACUCAUCACGUCGGCUGUCUUAUGUAGGAUUGGAGUAAUGCCAUUACAGAAACUGCUAUGGCAGUUUUCAUAUGAACUAGUAUGUUUUCCUGUUUAAGCCAUGCCUGUUGAGAUUUUAACAGGUACCAGUGAACAGUGUAAAUAACUUCCAUCUCUCUGUUAACACAAAGGAGGAAUUUUUUUUAUUUUUCCGGAUAAACAGAAGUGGCGGUAAGCAAUCUGCAAACCCUUUCCAUAUAGUCAUUACAGCAAGAGAGUUUAACAA